AUGUUGGAAGGAAAAUUCGAUGAAUCAACAUUCUUGAAGAAAAUCGUUGAUGCCAUUAAGGACUCUGUCAAAUUGUGUAAUUUCAACUGUACAGAACACGGUAUCACCGUGCAAGCAGUCGACGACUCGCGAGUCUUGCUUGUCUCAUUAUUGGUUGGCCAAACCGCAUUUAGCGAAUAUAGAUGUGACAGAGACGUGACAUUGGGUAUUGACUUGGAAAGUUUUAGCAAGAUCAUCAAGUGUGGCCAAAACGAAGAUUACUUGACCUUGUUGGCUGAUGAAAACCCAGAUAGUGUGAUGACCAUCUUUGAAGACAAGAAAAGAGAAAGGGUUAGUGAAUACAAUUUAAAGUUGAUGAAUAUCGAUUCGGAAUUCUUGAAAAUCGACGAUAUGGACUACGACUCAGUGAUCAAUAUGCCAAGUGCCGAGUUUUCCAAAAUCGUUAGAGAUUUGAAAAACUUGAGUGAAUCAUUAAACAUCAUUGUUACUAAAGACUCGGUAAAGUUCACUUCGGAAGGUGAAACUGGUAGUGGAAGUGUUGUGUUGAAACCAUACACAGAUAUCGAAAAGCCAGAUGAAAGUGUUAGCGUGCAUUUGGACAACCCAGUCGAUUUGACAUUUGGACUCAAAUACUUGAAUGAUAUUGUGAAAGGUGCAAGUUUAUCUAGCUCAAUCACUAUCAAGUUGGCUGACAAGACACCUGCAUUGUUUGAAUUCAAAUUGGCUGUUGGGGGAUACUUGAGGUUCUACUUGGCGCCUAAAUUCGACGAAGAUGAAUAA